AUGGCACCUGCUCAGAACACGCAGUUGGAGCACAUAAUCAGUGAGGCGGUAAAGUCCGGAGAUGUCCGAGCACUGGAUGUGUUCUUGCAGAGGGAGAUUUAUGAAGAGACUCCCAUGAAAUGCUCUCAACAGUUUCUCAGCAAAUUGGAUAAACUUAUCUGCAGGGGUUUGGUUCAAAAAGACCCCAAAUUGGCCAGUCUGGGAUUUGCCAGUCUUUACAAGUGUGGAAAACACCUAAUACUACCUGGUGGUGGCCAAGGACUUUCGGGGUUAAUAGCACAGGGUCUAAUAAAAAAGAUGAGUAUACACUGGUUUGAAAAAUGCAGACAACUGUGGAUUCAGUGUGGGCUGCAGUGGGAUGAAAACUUAAUCAACCUCUCUGAAGACUUUUUAAAUGCUUUAACGGUGGUUCAUCAGGAAUGCAAAGAGGGGACAUAUGAAGUCACUGAGUCCUUUCUGUAUCCUAUUGGCCAGUUGGCUGUUGACCGCAGAAUCGACGUCCUGAUCCAGAAAGAGGCAAUUCGGAAAUUCAACUUAAUUCUGGAUAAAAUCCCAGUGGAACUUAAAAAAGACACGAAGAUCCUAAUGUCACAAGAGGCCUCUGAUAUCAUGAUCAAACUGGCUGAUCAUAUAAUGGAUGUUGGUGACUAUGACUUUCAGUCAUCCUUGAUGGAGGCAUUGUGCAGAAUGGCCACAACUGACCAGAGGAAGGAAUUUGCAUAUAAAUGGUUCAGAAUGAGCCAUGUGGCCAGUGCAUUUGCCAAAAUACGUGAUUCUGAAUUUGAGACGGCUUGUCGUACGUUUCUAAACAUGGUGAAUGGGAUGCAGGGAGACAAGAGAAGGGUGUAUUCCUACCCUUGUUUGGAAGCUUAUCUGGACAGCAGUGAGCUGCUGAUGCCCUCGGAUGAGAAACUUGAGGAAUUCUGGAUUGACUUCAACCUCGGCAGCCACAGCAUCUCUUUUUACUUCUCCUUGGCUGAUGAAGAGGUACAGAUACCUCAAUGGGAAACUAUAUGUAUCAAUGAGCAUGAAGUCCAAAGCUACACUGUAAAAGAGGAGGGCAAGAGGCAGGUCUUGCAGAUCAAGCUGUCAGAGGUGGUCAUUGUUGGUGGAGCUGAAGGAUCCACUCUUACGAUCCAUUUCAGCUCCUCGCUGGACAUCCUGCAGGCUGUGCAAAACGUCUAUGGACACAGCAAAAAUAAAGGCUCAUCUGUAGUGAAAGCUACAGCUAGAUCUUUAAUGGAGAACAACACUCAGGUUGUUCCAGAGAGCCAGGUGUCUCUUGGUGAAAGUGAAAAAAGUACUGUCCACUACGUUUUACCUGCUACAGCUUCACCAGUGGUCACCCCAGCCAAGAUGAAGAUUUCUGAGGCCACCGCCUUUUUUAGCAGCGGCGGAGCUGGAAGUGUGCAUCGUUCCUUCUCUCUUGCAUCAACCAAGUUAGGAGUAGUUAUACGCCAAGUCCAGGAAAUUCAGUUAUUCAGUUACUAUCGAUGUGAUGCAUCUCUACAGAGCACAACCUCUAAACAGGCCAUCAAGAAUAAAGGUGACAAAUACAAAAAGAGCAUACCACUGAGAGAUGCUGUGAACAUGGUUCUGGCUGAACAAGGAGGAGAAAAAUCCCAGGAGGAGAAUUUUGUGCCUGACACCCAACCCCAAACUGGGAGUAACAUGGCUUCUAAUUGGCACAAAUUUUCCGUUUCAAAAAUGCUGAUGAUGCCAACACAGAAAACGAGUUCCCUGCCAAGAUCUGAACCUUGUUCAGCUAUGCUGCGUCCUCGGGAGUGCUCCUUAUCAUCGAAGUGGUCAGUUUCAGCCUCGAGCUCAGUCUGCCAAAAGCAACUGCAUAUCCAGCUCAGCAAGCGACUGCAGCAGGUCCUUAAGGAGAGGAACCAAGACUCUCCACCUCCUGAAGCAUCUGAUAUCAGAAGGGACUCGAAUGAAACAAAUGCAGAAGACCAGUAUGUUUCCUCAUUAUGUACUUCCAAGCCGCAACAUGCCCAGAGCAAUGGCCAUGCAAAAGGGAAGAGCAAGGGCCAGACGUCACUGGAGACUGGUGCUGUUCCAAUGAAACCAUCAGUGAAGACCUCCACAACUAAAACUCUAAAGGAGAAAAAAACACCCAAAUCUGAAACUGAAAGUAAGAGGACUCAAUUAGACAAAGAAAAGAGAGACUCAGAGGCUGCAGGCAGCAUGGUGAAGCUCAUCUCUAGCCGCUAUAAGGAUAAUGGCCAAUCUAAAGAAAAACACACUUCUGAAAAGCUCACUCAGAACUGGGUUCCUUCUCUUGUCAACAGUGGCAUCCACUCCCCAGUACUCCUCAGCACAACCAAGAAGGAGCAGCCUGUGGCGAAAAAGAAGGGGCAUGUGAAAAAGCACCUGUUUAGUGACACAGAUACAGAAAAUGCCACAACAGAGGUCAGCUGGCUGAGAGAGUCAGCCACAAAGUCCAAGCCCAAGGUUGCCAAAUACUCCAGGCAGGCGCCCAUCAAACCUAGACCUGUCCCACACCAUGCUUCUUUUGAAUCUCCAGAUUUAGUCCCGACCUUUCCAAGAGCUGGACUGGGUAAUAACAAACCAACUCGGAAAAACAGGCACAUGAAAAGGGACCUUGGUCAGCCAAAGGAGAGAGUAAAGCCUGCAGCAGCACCUAGCAGAGAACAUGCCGCUACAAUGAGGCCCAAGAGAGUUGCAGCCACCUCUACUAGAAGCUACAAAGAGCCAGAUACUGAUGACAGUCAGCCAGAAGAACCUGAGGAUCCUCCUGCUACCAAGAGGCCUGAAAAUGUUCCUCAAGAAACCUCAAAAUUGAACAAGACAAAUGCCCAAGAACAAAUGAGUUCAUUGAAGGAUUCCUGGGCUACUUGCCAGACCUCUUUCUGUCCAUCCCCUCCUCUCAUGGAAAAGAUGAGAUCUGCUGAUAGGUCAGUCCCAACCUUGGAUUUGACCUGCUCCCCUCUUCUCACCCCGCGGGGAUCCCCGCUGCCUGCCUCCCCUAAGCCUUCUUGCCAAGACACCCCCUCGCCAGUCCUGCUGCUACCCAAACCUAAAGUCAGAAGUAAAGAAAUGUGCAAGUCUUCUUUCUACACUGCAGAAAAGAACCAUGGCUCAUCCAAGACUCAUUCUAAGCAGUCUGUCCCUUCUCUCACUUCACUUGGAGGACAAAUCCCUGCACACAGUCCUCCGACUGAACUUAGUGCAGCAAAGAUUAGUACAAUCGAACAGCAUCUUUCUUCAGCACCUCAUUCUCCUUUGUCCACUCGACCCCUGCUGACAUCCACACUCCUUGAGCUGGACAAACCACCCUUGCCUUCUCCUGCUCAGUCACCAUUUCCAAAUGACACAAUUAGCCAUGGCCACCGCUGUAGUUUGAGUAAAGUGUCUUCAGUAUCCCAGAUUUCACUAAGCUCAUCAUCUAUUAACUCAUCAGUACUCACCAGCAAAGUUAAGGACGGUCCCACUGUUGCCCUGGCUCUAUCUGUUAGAGCAGAGAUGACGCCACUGUCAGACCAAGACUCAAAACUCGCACAGUCUCAUGUUUCAGGGCCCAGCCGCAAGCGCCACAUUUCCUUGUCCAGUCAUUCAGAGGACGAGGAGACAGAAGAGAGGAUGAGAAGCAGGAUGAGAGGGAAUGACUCUCCUCAUUUGAAGCCACGGAAAUUAUUCAAGUCGUUUGAGUUGCCUGCUGUGGAUGAGUUGAGCCAGGUGAAGUCUUCCUCUGGUCAUUGGGAGGGUGAAGUAACAGAUGGAGACGUGGACAUUGAUGAAGGUUUAGAUUUGCCAGAAAUUGCUGUAAACCCAAGAAACAUGUGUCAGCAGUUGAGCUCGGAGCUCAAGAAGAAGUUCCAGAAACGUUACAGCAUGAUGGAGCUUUACAACAAGCAGUCUUUGAAGACCGUCCAGCAACACGUCUCUUCCAUUAAUAUGCAAAUUACCAAAUGCAGGACUCAGAGGCUUAAACAGAUUCAGAAGGUCCUCCUGGAUGAGAUACACAAAUUGGAGCAGGAUGACACUGUGCUGAAAAACAUGGACAAAGACCUCACUAUGUACUGGAAAAAACAGAUGACGGCUUUCCAUUCUUACCAGAAGCAGGAAAUCACGAGAAAUGAGCUCCUGAAGAGAGCGCUUCAGAGUAACACGUGCAACAGCUUGGAGUAUGAGGAGAGAAUAUUCACAUCUGAGAUGUGCAUGAUCAGAAAAGACAUGAAGUCAGUUCAGGACAAAUUUCUCAGUGAGAUGCUGGAGGGAGAGCUCCAGAGUGUCAAGAAAGGACUGCAUGCUUUGUUCUUCCCCUGAUGAGGGAGCCGGUCAGAGGCUCCACCAAAGUCUCUUCCACCUGCCAGUUUCCACGUUGGCACUCAGCAGUCUCCAGGACACGCCAGUGCUAACAUUACCAUCAUCAUCUCUCCCAUACCCGUGACUUCAUACUGA